AGCAAAGACGACGUUUUUCAGAGAUUUCCGUUUGGCGACCAUACCAUCCAUAUUCCAUGCUGCUUCUUCUUCUUCAAAGCUACGAUUCCUCUUCAUAAGCUGCAUUUAUACGAUCCUCUAACGUCUUAGACGGAUCUAGGCCUUUUUGGCUUAUCAUCUUUGUCUGUUGUAUGUUCUAUAGCGAUUUCCAUUUCUGAUCUUGAAUUUGUCUCUCCAUUUCUGGUUCUGGAGCUCUCGGUCGAGCUCUCCAUCUUUCCUCCAAGUUCCUAAUUUCGAUUCACGUGAAGGGUCUCUUGGAAGGCGUUUCAGAAGUUUCUGGUUUCUACGGCCGAUUUUGAUUCAGAAAUAGGUUGUUGUUUUGGUCUACAUUUUUUCUGCUGAAGGUUUUUAUGCGACUAUGACAGCUGGUUGUUGAGUAAUUCCGGAAAUCAGGACUUGUUUUGAGUACUCAACUCGUGGAAAUGGAUAUCGCUGCUAAGUUAAAGCGGGGAAUCUCCCGGCAGUUCUCGAUGGGUUCGUUGAGGAAAAGUGGGAAGUUCAGCUUCACUCGUCAGGCUUCGUUAGACCCCACACGGAAUACUUUCCGCUUCAGUUUUGGGAGACAGUCUUCGCUCGAUCCGAAUCGUCGGAGCCCCUCCGUGGAGGAACUCACCGUGCCGGAUAAUCUCGAUUCCACUAUGCAGCUGCUGUUCAUGGCCUGCAGGGGGGAUGUGAAGGGAGUGGAGGAUUUACUGAAUGAGGGUAUUGAUGUAAAUAGCAUUGAUUUGGAUGGUCGAACUGCUUUGCAUAUUGCUGCUUGUGAGGGGCAUGCUGAAGUUGUGAAACUUCUGCUCAGCCGGAAGGCCAAUAUAGAUGCCCGUGAUCGGUGGGGGAGUACGGCAGCUGCUGAUGCUAAAUUUUAUGGAAAUGUUGAAGUUUACAACAUUUUGAAAGCUAGAGGAGCCAAAGUUCCGAAAAUCACGAAGACGCCAAUGGCUGUAUCAAACCCUCGAGAAGUUCCAGAAUAUGAACUUAAUCCAUUUGAACUUCGGAUUCGCAAGGGUGAUGUUGUCUCAAAGGGCACAUAUCAAGUGGCUAAAUGGAAUGGAACAAAGGUUGCUGUAAAGAUACUUGAUAAGGACAGUUAUUCAGAUCCAGAGAGCAUAAAUGCUUUUAAACAUGAACUGACGUUGUUAGAGAAAGUUCGGCAUCCCAAUGUUGUCCAGUUUGUUGGAGCUGUUACGCAGAAUAUACCAAUGAUGAUUGUUUCAGAGUACCAUCCAAAAGGUGACCUUGGAAGCUAUAUUCAAAAGAAAGGGCGUCUAUCACCAUCUAAAGCUUUAAAAUUUGCUCUUGAUAUUUCUAGGGGCAUGAACUAUCUUCAUGAAUGCAAGACAGGCCCAAUUAUUCAUUGUGAUUUAAAGCCAAAAAAUAUUUUGCUGGAUAGUGGAGACCAUUUGAAGGUCACAGGAUUUGGCUUGAUAAAAUUGUCAAAAAUUUCACCUGACAAAGCAAAACUUGCACAUCCAGGGGCUCUUGUUGAUCCUUCAAGUUUAUAUUUGGCGCCUGAAGUUUAUAAAGAUGAAAUAUUUGACAGAAGUGUUGAUGUAUUUUCGUUUGGUCUCAUUCUUUAUGAGAUGAUUGAGGGAAUACCACCUUUCCAUCCCAAAUCAUCAGAAGAGGCUGUUAAAAUGAUCUGUUUAGAAGGAAAGCGACCUCCAUUAAAGAGCAAAUCAAGAAGUUAUCCCCCUGACCUCAAAGAGUUGAUAGAAGAAUGUUGGGUCCCAGAAUCAGUUGCGAGACCAACAUUUUCUGAGAUUAUUGUACGCCUGGACAAAAUAGUUGCUAACUGCUCUAAACAGGGAUGGUGGAAAGACACUUUUAAGCUUCCAUGGAAAUGAGCCAAGUACUUAUGAGAGUGGAAAAAUGAAAGCAUUGAGAAAGGAGCGGAUUGUAAUAGUGUUACUAUGGUACUAAGAAUGGUUCUUGGAACAAAUAAGAGGUCUUAAAUAAAAGCCUGGCUAAAUACCAAAAAAAAAUAAAAGCUUGGUUAGGCCAGUAGCUUAGUAUGGAAGUAGAAUUAUUCUUAUAUAUAUAAUACAUGAGAGUAGUGGACACAUGUCUAUAUAUAAUAAGCUCCUAGCCUCCCUAUAUUGUAUUUGAUUUAACUGCUACAAUGCACCACCAUUCCAGAUUCUUGCAUUCUUCAA